AUGAACUUAACGGAAGCAGACAUGCCUCUCGGACAAUCCUUAUUCCGUGCGGGUGACCAUGCUAUAAGCCUUCCUUCUCUGUCUCUCUCAAAUGAAGUUCCCGAACUGAUUUUGGUUCAACUGGCUGAUCCCCAAUUCGGUCUUCUCGAGCGCUACAUUGAGCAUCGACCUAAACCUUAUGGUUGGUCCGCUGAGUUGGCUCAAUUUCAGCGCAUUCUUUCCUUGGCGACUGGAUAUGUAAAACCGCGCCCGCUAUCUGUCAUUAUCACAGGCGACUUAGUUGAUUCCCAGCCGAGCCGCCUAGAAUCCAUGAUAAUGGACGAUGGCGAUCCAGCCUACCGGGUAGCUCAGAUAGCAGACCUAAAAAGCGCAAUUUCUCAAUUUUCUAAUUCAAUACCUACUAUUGUUCUGCCGGGCAACCACGACGUUUGUGAUGCUCCGACAAAGCUCUCUCUCGCCGCUUACAAAGAGGCUUGGGGGGAUGAUUAUUUUGCAUUUCAGCAGUCUGGGUUUACAUUUCUUGUAUUGAAUACGCAACUUUGGGUUGAGGAGGCUAAGGAAGUUGCUGAAUUUACUGCACUGCAAGAAUCCUGGCUUGAAUCACAGCUAGAAAGAUCAACAAAGCAGCCAGGUCGAUUGAUCAUUUUUCAGCACAUUCCAUUCUACUUAAACCGUUUUGAUGAGGAACCCGGAUACUUCAAUCUGCCUUUAAAAGUACGGCAUCAUUGGUUGCCUCGUUUGUUCCAUGCCGGCGCUAGGCACGUAUUCUCA